AUGGUACGCUUCGUUGGCCCGACCCGCUUUGCCGACGGGGAAUGGAUUGGCAUCGAGCUGUGCGACCCCCUUGGAAAUCACAACGGAUCUGUGAACGGCAUUGAUUACUUUCAUUGCUCUGCACGUCGUGGCAUCUUUGUACGUGCCAACAAGCCUGAUGGCAACCAUGAUGUGCCGCUUCCGUAG